AUGGGCUCUACGCAAAGAGGCACAACAUAUCAUGUGGUCAAGACAAAUAAAACUGGGUCCAGGGUAGCAGUUUCAACACAGAAAGGGGCCGAGGUUGCUAGCAUGACCCCUCAGCGGGGACAGGGGUACCUUGUCUCCUCAAACCAGCGGAGUGGCCCAGGCUCCACGAUGCCGAUAGGCCAUCGAAGAUCAGAAGCUGGGCACACCACUGCUGUCCAUUUAUCAUCGGACUACUUUCGCUCUAGCUCCCCUCAGUCAGGGCCCGGCCACUCUGGAGCACCCAACCCUCGAACCGAGACCCGACCCAGAACUGAUGCAUCCCGCCGGGCCUCUCCUCCUCGAAAGCUGACUCAGGGCGAGUCGACGCUCUACACCGGUCAGAUGCAGCGGAAUGUCAGUCCGUCCAGAGAGGAAGCAACUAGAAGAGGGGUUGAGAUCAGGCCAGGGCGUGACAUCAGUAAUCGUUUCUCGUUAAUUCCAGAGACCAAAUCUUCUCGCCGGUUGAGUUUUGUCGACCAGAAGGAUGACUUCUUACUCGUAGAAGACGAGCCACCCUCCAAGGUCCAAUACCCACAAGGGGUCAGAGUUCCCCGGAGGCCUUUGAUUUGCCCAAAGGAUGAAGCAGUCCAAACUGAGCCCAUUCUAAAGAGUGUGACUGCUGGGGAUAUCAGAUCUCCAAGGAGACCCCCUAGCCCAGAACGUGGCGGCAACCGCAUCUAUCCAGACUCUCGGUCAACCCAGAGAAGAAUUCCUGGGCCAGAAUCUGAAAUGGGCCGUCAGAACUCAAUUUAUGCAGAACCUAAGGCCUUGCGUAGAAGUGUGAACUUGGAAUCAUCCCUCACACUCUCUGUCCUUAAAGAUUUGAACAGUGGACACAAGGCUUCUAUGCGCCCUGAGCCUGAGCCUGGCCACAGGCCCUCUGUGUACAACGAAAUCAAGGUCUCCCCAAAGGUUUUAAUACCAUCAGAAGUGGAGCCCAGCAUGAAGCCCUCAACACGCGGAGAGAGUGAGGGUGGCCGCAGGGUCACCAUCUCCCGCGGGGCACAGUUAGCUUCCUGCAGAACGUCUGAGAGCCCCUGCAAAUCCUCUGUCUUUGUCACUCUGGAGCCCGAAUAUAAGCAAUAUACUACAAAACCCUCAGACAGUAUCUACGAGUUCCCACGACCCACACUUAGGCCUCCAGAGCCCUCUUCUAGAAAGCACUCUGACCAUGUAGAGCUGGAACUGACCCCUCGGCCCUUGCCCCCUCGGUGCUUACCAAGAUAUGGGCCAGACUCCACAUGGUGGGCCUUACUCAGCCCUGAAGAUGAAAUGCCCAACAGGCAGCUGACAACACCUGAUUUCGAGCCCAAGUCCCCUCCUCCCCCAGACCCUUCACUGCCUUUUUUUGAAAUGGAAACCAGCCCUUUCUGUGAGGAUCUGAUGUUCCAGAGAGAGAAGGCAAGUCCAUCACCACUAUCAUCACCAAAGGAGUCUCCGAGCCAGUCACCAUUGAGGGAAGUGCCACAGGCCCCCAAGCACACCUCCAGACAUCCCACUCAAAGGUUUAGUGUUUUCUUCAUGGAUGUCUCUGAGGAAAUGUACAAUCGUGUCUUCUGGUGGCUAAAAGGUCUGUGCUUUUCCCUCCCAUGGGUCCGCUCUUGGGGGCUGGGGGCAGGAGGACAGAUAUUUAAUGGCAGCCCCAUGUAUUCCGAAUCUGAUCUCAUCCGGGGUACCCAGCUGAGUUUGACGGAUCCCAACCAAGACCACCAGGCCGUGGAUCAGAUCCAAAGAGUGUAG